AUGAGAGGAACAGUCAGAGAUUUAGCAAUUAGAUAUUUAGGUGUUGGUGCCAAAAAAGUUUGGUUAGAUCCAACUCAAAUGGAUAAAAUUAGCAAAGUUAAAACAAGAGAGGGAAUUAGAGAAUUAAUAGCACAAGGCCUUAUUAAAAGAAAGUUUACAAUUGGUGGAUCAUACAAACCUUCACGUGGUCCCUUUUUAUUUCCAAAAGAUGAAUUUUUUAAAUUAAAUAAAAACCAUAUCACUAAAAAUGAAUAA